AUGGAUGACUUGAAUGCAAGAUAUAAUGGCUUGAUUGAGGCAAGGAAAAAUGUUCGCAAUCACAGUGGAUCUGAUGGAAGGUGCAUGACCUUUUGCCCGGAGGUUGAGGGUUUAGAACGGACACUCAAGAAUGAUGUAUCAGCAUAUGAAAAUGAAGUUAUGGUGAAGAAGCAUCGUAAACCAAUACCUGGAUCUGGAAGAGAGCAUAUUGACGAUAUAAGGCCUAUGAAUGUAUUGUGUAAUGUUGUUGAUCACCUUAUUAAACUAAGCAUGCGAAAUCAAAGUAUACAGAUGUAUAAGUUUGUGGACAACAGAUUCAAGGCUGUUUUAAGCGAUCUUAGGUUUCAGAAAGGAAGCUGUGCAGGUGUAGCAAGUGUGGUUGAGAAGAUUGUACGUAUAUAUACUGUUUUCCGGUACAUCUUGUAUAAUCAUCCACAUUUUGAUAGAGACAUGAAUAUUAGCCAGAUGAAGCGAAUAUUGGGAGAUCUUCUGAAGUAUUACGACCAAGAUGAUACUGUCAGUGACGAAGAUUUGUGGAGAAGAGAACAAUACCGUUGUUACUACAUGCUUGUGAAUUUGGAUUCUAAGUGUUUUCCAGUAAUGAAUAGGCAUGUACAUGGGCCAAUGAUGAAUGUGUGCAGCGAUGUGAUGGUGAAGUAUAGACAAGGCAACAUCUAUGGGUUUUUGAAGGAGAUUAGAAGAUUGGAUUUUCUUGGAUUCUGCAUAGCACAAGGGUUUACAGGAACACUCAGAAUGAGGUGUGCAGAUGGUUUUAAGAAGGUAUUGGUUGAGAAGCUGAGUGUUGAGGCGAUGAGAGAUUUUUUUGAGCUUGAGCAGGAUGAGAUGAUAGAAAUGAUGAGAUUGAAUGGAAUUGUUGUGAAAGCAGGAAUAGUUGAUUUUGAGAGCAAAGGUGUGAAUGAAGAUUCAAAGUCUUCUAUGGUAUUUAAGAAGCUUUUGACGCAUGUAAGGCAUCCUGAAUGUUUUAUGCCGUUAGAAUGUGCUGAAUAUGAAAUAUUCAGGUAUGCAUUGCGUAAGAUCGUGUACAGAAGGAUAGAAAGAUUGACAUGUGUGCAAGAAGUGAGUAAUGGAAUGAAAUAUUCAAUGAAUGACAGUGAUAAUGAUUUGAAUACACAUGACAUACAUGAAAUUAUGCUAGAAGAAGCACAAACAAAAUAUGUUAUUAAGAAUGAAAGAUCAAUAGGCAAUCUGGAUGGAGAACGAACGGAUAUGCACAUACAAAAGGAAGUUAUAAGAAGUGUUUGUAUGGAAAUUCUUGAUGAGUUUGUGAAUGCAAGCGUGAUUAGGUUUGUGAGCGAAACUAUACGUAAGAGACUUUUACAAGGAUAUUUUUUAGAAUGGCAAAGGAAAGCAUUUGCACAAAGUAAAUGCAGUGAUAUGCUAUUGGUUGUUCUUGAUAGAAGGAUUUUAUCUGUGACAUUCAAAGACAAGCUUUACAAAUCCAUACUAAGAACGUUUAUGCCUAAAUUUAUGUAUGCAGAUGAAGUAAGUGUUGAUGAAGUGCUUGGACACAGGUUGUGCGUGUUUUCAGCACCUCAAUGUAUACAUGCACAAAUAUAUGAUAAGUAUCGCAUGGGGAACAUAAUUGUCGAUACGCCGCAUAAUCUUAGCAAAAGAACGGAUGAGAUAUAUGCGAGAAUGAUAAGUAGCAGUAGAGUGAUUAAGGGAAGAUUAGCAAAUAUUGUUGAGAGCAUGUGCAAGAGCAAGGCGAUAGAGGUGAUUAUUGAGCUGGCUAGCAAUGAUAAGAAUGAUGAUAUGAUCGAGGAGAAUCUGUCCUUGAUUUCAAAUGACAAGCCAUUAAUAGACUGUGAUGUAUAUUAUGAAGAGGAUGAGAUGGACCAUUUGUUUUGUGUAUAA